UCUUCGUUUAUAAGGAACCCCUAAAAUUAAUCUCAUUCUCUCUAACGUCACAAAGACUUCGAUCCCAAUAAUGGACCAACGUAACCCUUUCCACCACCACCACCACCACCACCAUCAGCAUCAUCACUUGAUCCAACAGCAACAGCUUCCUCCACCGCCACAGAGCACGACGGCGGCGAUGGAUCCCGGCGGAGGAGGUGAGAGAAUCCCACAGUGGAGCUUAGAGGAAACAAAGGAGCUGUUGGGUAUAAGAGAAGAGCUUGAUCAGACUUUCAUGGAGACCAAACGUAAUAAGCUACUUUGGGAAGUCGUCGCCGCUAAAAUGGCCGACAAGGGUUUUGCCCGGACCGCAGAACAGUGUAAGAGCAAGUGGAAGAACCUCGUCACUAGAUACAAGGCGUGUGAAACUACUGAGCCAGAAGCUAUUAGGCAGCAGUUCCCAUACUACAACGAGAUCCAAUCGAUUUUCACAGCGAGAAUGCAAAGAGUGUUGUGGUCAGAAGCCACGGAAGCAAGCACUUCUUCGAAGAGAAAAAAUCAUCAGUUUUCAUCUGACGAAGAAGAAGAGGAAGAGGCUGAAGAGCCAAAUCAAAGCAUCAACGAGGAAUUAGUGGCUUUCGUCGAGACACAGGAGAAAGUGAUUACUACUAGUACUUGUACUAAUCCAAGAAAACGUGCGAAAAAAGGAAAAGGCAUUACAGGUAGUACCAAAGCUGAAACCGCGGGUAGUACAUUGAAAGAAAUAUUGGAGGACUUUAUGAGGCAAACGGUGAAGAUGGAGAAAGAAUGGAGAGAUGCAUGGGAGAUGAAGGAGAGAGAGAGGGAGAAGAGAGAGACAGAGUGGCGGAGGAGAAUGUCGGAGCUAGAGGAGGAGAGAUCAGCCACGGAGAGGAGGUGGAUGGAAAGAGAGAAUGAGAGACGGUUGAGAGAAGAAGCUAGGGCUCAGAAAAGAGAUACUAUCAUUGAUAUUUUGCUUAGUAAGCUUAACAAAGAUAAAAAUGAUGAUCAACAUCAAGGCUUCUAAUCUUUUCUAUUUUAUUUUAGCUAUUUUUUUUUUGGUGUAAAAAAAAGUGUUUUCACCUCUUUGCCGGGAACCCAAGCAAUGUAAAUAGUCUCUCCCAGCGCGAAUCGAACCCGGGUUGCGGAAGUUACAGCCGCAACCCCUUCACCACCAGAGCUGACUCGUUCUGGUCAUUUUAGCUAGUUCCUUAGUUAAAUGUAAGUUUGUUUUAUUUAU